AAAACUGAAACAAGAAUCGUGCUAUUAGAUCUCUAUAUAAAUAUUGACGUCAUUUUCCGAGAGUUCAUGAGAGUGUAGACUGUAGUCGAUACUAGACUCUUAUUUUCCCCCCUUUAUUUGCUAUAUUAUAUGUAGACUAGAUUGUAUACUAGUCUAAUCUAGUCACUCAAGACACUCAAGUCUUUAUUCGGGUAUAUUCUGGACUAUUAUACUAAAUUAUAGAGGAGGUAUUUCUUGACUUCAGCUUGAUAUCACCCACCGAUGGUUUAGAAAUCAGUAAUUGUUAACAUGUUUCCCGAACAAAAUUACAGACAUUAUGGUCACAGAGGAGAGAGUCACCCAACGCCCCAACAAAUGUUUCCAACACCUAUGCAGCCGUCUUAUGUGCCUCAGCCUCUCUUACCCCAUCCGAGCUUUACUCUUCAGCCUGUCCCCCUGAUAUCUGUUCCCACCAUAGGAGCAUAUGGCUCUAUUGACAAUGACAGCAUUGUGGUUCCAGUGGUAGUGCCUCGUUCAUUUAGUAUCCCUCCUCCACCACCCACAUCCUUUCCUACACAUGCUCAGUAUCUGACUUUGACACAGGAAGUUGAGUCACAGACUUACUCCGAGGGUCAAAGUCUACCUUCAUCAAAGCCACACACAUUAACAGCUGAGGCACCUGAAUUCAUUCCUGCCAGUUAUAAAUACAAGACAUCAAAUUCUGAUCCACCAUCAUCACAGCUAGUAACAUCUUUGGAGACAUCCACUAGAGCUUCGUCUACUGCUGAAGAUAAUUUUAAAGGUCAAACUUUUUCACGGUAUAAUAAAGGGAGCAAACAGCAUGAAUCAAGGCACUAUCAGGGAGAACAUUACCAUAAAAAUUCACAAGAGAGGCCCUAUCAAGGAGAAAGCCACCAUUUACCUAUGCAAGCGAAACAUUAUCAAGAUGAGCAAAAUCAUUCAACUUCUCAGGCUUACAACGCAAAUCAACGCCAUUUUGAAAGGAAGACAAUGAGACCCAAGAGAGAUGCUAAAAGCAUUUCAAGCAGCAGACCUCCAUGGAGUGAUGUGCCAAAUGACACUCCUAAAGGUAACGAGGGUUCAGCCUUACACGCAACACAAACCCAGCAACAUUUACAAAGUAUGCCAUCAAUUCAUUCUAUGGAAGAUUCCCAUCCAGCACAGAAUUACAGAAAAGGAAUGCACCAACAGAAUUUCUCUUCUGAAGAGAAACAGAACUACAGACAGAGGCAUCAACACUUUCAACCAGAGUUCCCUAGGGGCUAUAACAAUGAUUAUGCUGUUAAUCCUUAUUAUGACAAUUUUCAACAGGGGCAUGACAGGGAGAAUUAUAAUUUAUAUAAGAAAAACUUUACUCCAAAACAAUUUGAUGGUUACCAAACCUCUCAUCCAAACAAUUCAAGAGGAAGAGGUAACAGAUUUCUAAACACCUACAGGCCACGGAUGGAAUAUUUAAAUAGCUCUUUCAGGGGUGGCUUACCAAGGCAUCCAAGUGUCCACUAUCCAAACGAAUACACGGAUCAUAGAGCAAAAUCAUUUUUUCACAGGCCUGAAAGUGAGGCAUACUUUUGUCCUCCUUCUGAGAAUUGGAAGUACCAAGAAAACAUUCAAAAGUUUGAUGAGGAACUCUAUCAAGGUAACUAUCAAAUACCAAAGAAAAAUUUCCGGGGUGGACAUUCAAACAUUUAUAGACAGAAUAACAGAGACUAUCAAAUAAAAGGAAAGUUAGAUGAAGAGUUUUUUAAGACACGAAACCCAGAUAUUAUUAGAAAUGUUACAGGGACUGAAAACUUUGACGGGACUAGUAGUAACAGUGAUGUUGAGAUAGAGGAGGAGUGCACAAGUUUAGCUGAAUCUUUGGAGUAUCACAGUGAGCGUAGGGUUAGUGUCACACAGUCAGGUGUCACCAACAGAGACCUUCCACAAUCAGAUAUCUCAGAUAUUGACCUUGAGCCAGUAAGAACUUCAGAGAGGUUAGAGGAUGCUGAUAAACAUCUUGAGAACAAUCGUGAGAAAGCAUCUCUUGACUAUCAUCCUGCAGAUAUGAUCCCAACUAGUGAGACUGUAAACAGUCUGAGUCCUGAGUGCACUGCAAGUGAUACAACAAAAGCUCCAGCUCAAAUUGACAUAAGUCUUCAGGAAAUUAAUCUGACCAGUGAUGAUGUUAACAAAGAAAAUGAUUCACAUUUAAAUUCUCUUUCUUCGAGUAGCGCAAACAAUUUUAAUAGGUCUGAAGAAGAAAGAAGAAGAGAUGUUGGUCCAAAAAAUCUUCAGAGAAGUACUGCAGACAUGACCAGGUCUGAUAUUUCUCAACUACCAGAUGUUCAUUUUACUGGGCAAAAAUUUCAGGGCAGGGCCAGUAACUUUGAGAGAAACAAAAGACAAGAGCAUAGUAGAGGUAGCUAUUCAUCAGAUAAUUACAAAGGGAGGAGUCCUGAUGACAUCAAAGAUAGUGGGUCAAGAACUAAUAUAUAUAAUGCUACCGGAGCAGAAAAGUCAAACAGGGGAAGAAGACAUGACCAGGCAGGCAGGGGAGGUAAGGCUGGUGUCUGGAGGUCAGACAACAGGAGUCAUUUCAAUGAUAAUAUGAGAGGGUCUAGAGUGAUCACUCCAUCUAACGAGGUAAGGGAAAAUCUAGAAGAGACAUUGGCAAAAAACAAAAUGACCACCCGCCAAAGUAAGGUCAUGUUAGAUGAGUACAACUGUGAUUUGAAUACGAUCCUUGAUCAAAGUGGUUUGGGAGCAUUUAAUUUAAAUAUUCCACUUGGUUUUGGCAAAUUGUGGGCAGACUGCAAAGCAACUUAUGGGGUGAAUAAAGGAAAGUCAUAUUUUGAGGUCAAAAUUAUUGAACUUAUUGACACCAGUAGUAUAGAAGAAAAUGACCAAAGACCAAGUGCAUUAAGAGUUGGCUGGUCAGAAGAAAGUGCUACAUUUGAAGCCAAUACUGGAUCUUGGUCCUUUGGCUAUAAAGACAGCAAAAGUUCCAUUAAGGGUGAAGGUUUUUGUGAGUCUACUAACAAAGAGGAUGUUCUUGGGGCAAUGGUAAAUUUUGAUUCAGACCCAGUUGAAAUUUCAUUUAUCAAGAAUGGUGAAGUUGUUGGUCAACCUUCAUUCAUCACAUUACUGACCAAAAAUUGUGCCUUAUUCCCACAUAUUUCUUUAAAGAACUGCAAAGUCAGGGUCAAUUUCGGCCAGCGAGAGACUGCUUGGUUUCCACCUCCUGAGGGUUACAGCUUUAUUUCACAGCCUCCUAUUAACGAGCUUGUUCCAAGCCUUGUUCCCCCCUUAAAAAAAUCAGAUUGUGAGCUUGUUAUGGUGGUGGGACUUCCUGGAUGUGGAAAAACAGCUUGGGCCUUGCGCCAACAAGAAGAGCACAGAGACAGGAGAUACAACAUUCUCAGUGCUGACCUUCUCAUGGACCUAAUGAGUGCCUCCAAGAAUGGCCUUGAGUAUGCUGACAUUUUUCAAGAGUUCUUUCCCCUGGCUGAAGGAUGCUACAAACGUCUUCUGAUGAUAGCUUCCAUGAAGGUACGUAACUUUAUAUUGGAUGCGCCUAAUGUUCAGGUAUCGACCCGAGCUGAGGCUCUCCGCAAAUUUAACCCUUUUAUGAAGCGUGCUUUUGUCUUUCAGCCAAGAAAAUUUGAGGUCACCAGUGAAGAAAGUGAUGAGAGUAGUAAGACGAAAGCACCAGAGUCUGUGAUUAAUGAGAUGAAGGCCAACUUUUCAGUUCCAGAACAAGUAGAGGGCUUUAUGACUAUAGAAUAUAUUGGAAUGAAGGAAAAUGAUGCUAGAGAGCUUAUAGGGUCAUACACAAUUAAUAAUUCAAGAAAAUCCCCCUCAUUAAGCUUUGAAUAAUCAUUAUAGAUGAAGUAUUUUUUUUUAAAGUCAUCUCUAGUAGAUGACAAUUCAACAAUGGUAGUGGUUAGUAAGAGGUAUUUUCAUUCACAAACUUAUUCAAGCAGCAUGAAAAUAACAUAGAAAAAAAUUCUGGUCAUUCAAUAAUAGAUGAUUGUGACAUCUGCUGAGCAAUGUAAAAGCUAAAGAAUCCUCUAUCGCAUUUUAGGGGUUAUAAAAUCUUGAAAUUACUCAAAACUCACACUUGUUUCCUGUUUCUCUGUUGCCCAAUGCAUAAGAAAAAGAAGUAAACAUUUUGUAUUACCAGAAUGUCAGUUUUAUUUAUAAUAACUUUGUCUAUCAAAUUUUAAAUGAAAAGAAUCUACAGUCUACAAAUACCUUUAUUUCUAGAAUUAUUAAUAACUUUGUCAUCAAAUUUUAAAUGAAAAGAAUCUACAAUCUACAAAUAGCUUCAUUUCUAGAAUUAUUUUCAGUGCAAAUAUACCUAGCUUUUUGACAAUAAUGAGAAGAGAUUUUUAAAUUUCCAAACACAAUUAUAUAGAAAAAUGUUGUUUACAAAAUGGGUCACUAAUAUGAAAUUUAACAAGUAAUAAUAAAUAACAGAUUCCCUACCAUACAGAGAUAGUUUGCUGUGCAUCGUAUUAAAGUUGUAAUACAUUAUAUGGCACAUAUUUGUAUUUUGUUUUUUUGUAUUUGAUUGUAAAUGGCAUCUAUGCAUUAACAAUUUCCAUUAUAACUAUGCCUAUUACGGUCUAGUUAUUUGUCAUUAAAGUCACAAUACAUCAAUAAAUAGAUUAAUACAUAGUGUUUUUUUUACAUGAAAUUUCUAGAUCUAAUAUAUAAGAUUUUCUAUUUCAUAUUUGGUUUUUGUUGUCGUUUUUUUGCUUAAAAAAUCUAUAAUUUCUUUUUCAAUUUCUUUUAAGCGAAUGAUAGGAUUAUGCCAAUUUAUUAGAAUUAUUUCAUGGAUUUUGUUAGUUAAUUUUUUGAAGUUUUUUGAAUUAUCUAUGCCUGUCUCUCUCUAUAUAUAAUUCUACUAAAUAGAAGCAAAUGAGGGUAUUUCAUUGACUUGGAAACAAGUAUUUAAUAUCAAUGUCUCUGAUUCUAUAAGUCAGCAUCUAAAAUACAUUUCUUCUUAAUCAGGCACCAAUCUUCUGUUCCUGUCUCCGAACCUGCUGUCUUGCUGUUAUAUUAUUAUCUGAAAUUCCUGUUGAUUUUUCCUUCUUUUAUAUGUAGUGCUUUUAAUAAUCUUAAGAAUUUAACAUGUUUAAUUUAUAUAAUCAAUAAAUUUUAAAAGUAAUACAAGAUUGUUACUUAUUUCUUAAUGAAUAAUAUUCUGUUUGAUAUUGGAUGUGAUAUAUUUUGAUUAGCAUUUUUAUUUAUGAACAUUUUAUAUUCUGAACUAUUUAAUUGGCGACGAAAACAAAAUUAGAAAAAAGACACAUUAAUGAAAAUAUGUAUUUUAAUACAGCAUUUUUUUGUUUAAUAAUGAUAUUGUAUUAAAGACAGUUACAGUCUUCUAAUAUAAAGUGUUUACAGUUCAUCCCUUUUCUACUGUUUCCAAAUCAAUUGCCAACAGAACACAUUGUGUUUAAUAGCUACUCAGGUGCCCGCCUCUCAACCUUGUCUAUAUCUUAUAUUGGAGAGCCUGCAAUUUACGGUGUUACCUUUAAACUGUUGGAAACUGUGAAGCUAUAUUUAUGGUUGGGUGUCAUGUAGCUUUAGUUAAACUAAGGUUAACCCUAGUUUCGCAAUAGACCUAUCUGUGACUAUGGUUAACCCUAGUUUCACGACAGCCCUGUCUGUGACUAUGAUUAACCCUAGUCUCACAAUAGAUCUACCUGUAACUGUGGUUAGCCCUAAUUUCACAAUUGAUCUAUCUGUGACUAUGGUUAACCCUUGUCUCACAAUGUAUUUAAAACAACUGGAUUUACUCACUACUGAUUAAACCAGCAUUUCAGUUUGGUGUCCACUCUUUGACAACGUGCAGCUACAUCUAUCUACCAAGUAUUCUUCUAAGCGAUAAGUAAGCAACUAGAAACUUUAGUGCCAAUGCAGUGAGUCUUUCGUUGGAGUUUUGUGAAAUUAUGUUCAAUAAAUUUCAUCAAUCAUCCUCCAUAUGUUACAUCCAUUUAAUUUCACCAACAUAUGUUACAUCCAUUUAAUUUCACCAACAUAUGUUACAUCCAUUUAAUUUCACCAACAUAUGUUACAUUCAUUUAAUUUCACCAACAUAUGUUACAUCCAUUUAAUUUCACCAACAUAUGUUACAUCCAUUUAAUUUCACCAACAUAUGUUACAUCCAUUUAAUUUCACCAACAUAUGUUACAUCCAUUUAAUUUCACCAACAUAUGUUACAUCCAUUUAAUUUCACCAACAUAUGUUACAUCCAUUUAAUUUCACCAACAUAUGUUACAUCCAUUUAAUUUCACCAACAUAUGUUACAUCCAUUUAAUUUCACCAACAUAUGUUACAUCCAUUUAAUUUCACCAACAUAUGUUACAUCCAUUUAAUUUCACCUACAUCCUCCUUAUGUAUUGUCUAAUAUAUUUCAUCAAUCUUAUGUUAUGUCAAUUAUAUUCUUUUUUUUUCCAGAAUUGCGGUACACUUUUUCUUAUCAGCACAUGCUAAUGAUAUCAAUAUAUAUAUAAAUACUGUAUUUAUUUUUGCAUUAUUGUGAUUCAACAAAGAUGUGAUACCUGUGCAUAUUCAAUUUUUUCACUGUAAAUGUUCCCUUUUUAGAUAACAUUUUUUUAGAUAACAUUUUUUUUACAUUUAUUUUGUAACCUAAUUUUUCUUGAAAAUGGUUGUAUUGUGGUAGCUUUAUAAAUACUCCAGCCUGUUACUGUAUAAACUUCCUUAUUCGUUGCCAUAUGUUAUACGUUUAUUCUUCAUUGUGAAAUGUAUUUGCUGAACUAAAACAUAUUCCAAUCCUAUAAACACAAAGCCAGACCUUGACCUUAAUUCUUGGACUAUUUAAGUUUACUUUCUUUCAGACCAAUAUUACUGCUAAAAUUUUGACAUUAUAUAUAUAAAAAUCUAACUGUAAAUAUUGACCCUGUAUACUAAAUAAAUAUAUUACGUAAUAUUUAUUCAGUAAGUUUAACCCUCCUACACACACAGGCUUGGAAAUUAUUGCACCCAUUUUUUUCUGAUCCUCAAAUCUUUCAUUGUUCCAUUUUUUUGUGUCUUUGUAAUUUUCAUUUUUAAAUAAUAAAUAUUAAUCUUAGUGUGUUAAGGCGUUUAUGUUUUCAAUGGUUUUCACAUGUGCUUUAAAAUAGAGACAUGUUACUGUAAUACCUUUAAAAAUAAAGUUUUGUUUCCUGUUA